AUGGCUGACCCGGCCUGUACGGGGAGGGAGGAGGAUAUGGUCACCCCUGCAGGCCUCGAAGGCGAUCUCAAGGUUAGCAGCGGUAGUUAUCACGUGCUACAAGAGGACGAGCUGGAUGAGACCGAAACGUCCUCGAAUUCUGUUAAUAGCGAUACCCAUGAUCUGCCAAGGCAAGCAUCAAGUAAGAUGACGGAUCGGGAUGCGUCUUCCAAGAAGGGACCACCCAUGUUGACACCUGAGGAUCUAGCACGACAAACAGCAGCUGCCAGGAGAGGACAGGUGUCUGUUGUUGCGGGACCAACGCUUUUGGCCAAUAAACGCCGGGAGCGUUCAACAUGUGAGCGGCUAAUUAAACAGUUGUCACCAGGGACAAGUCACGCGAUCCCCAUGGAACCAAUGCCUCAUGCUGAACCCAUGCAUGUGACAGAAUUGGUACAGAUUUUGGGGCUCCGUGAAGUCGCCACACCGGCCACGGGCAAUUGUUUGGCGAUAGCCAUAGCUCAAGCUCUCGCAGAAUCUGCUUUGGACAACCCUACCAAGGACCUUGAGAUUUUAACGGCUAGUAUUAAACGGGGAAUCUCCAACGCCGGACUACUAAAUUUGGAGGAUCAAAUGGCUCAUGACGUACGGGUUCAUGCUUUAAAGAACGUUGGCAGAGGUUGGAUGACGAUGACCAGGGGGGAGUCUGCGUCCCAACUACGGUGGUUUUUGCAUGACUAUGCAGCCUCCCCUUCCAACAGAGAAGCCAUGGUUGAGGAGCAUAGCUGGGGUGGAAGUGACACUCUUGGAAUGGCAGCCAAUUUUUUGCAUCGCACUAUCUAUGUGUUGAACUGUGGCCGCGGAACGGGUAACUGGAGUGGUCGCAAGUAUUGUCCUGCUACGAUCAACAGACACGGUCGAGUGGUGGAAACUGCCAAAGAAUUUCCACUCACUCUCUUGGCGUGCAUAGACGAGCUGCAAGCGGCAAAAAUAGAGGCGCCUCGCGCUCCACCACUGGUGCUUAGAUUCUGGGGCCGGCAUUAUUCGGCUUUUCUGCACACUGCCAGGGCGGCAGAUCGGCUCAGCCUAACUGACGUCUCGGACGGAACAGGCUCAGCGCUGCAGCAAGGUCAGGACUCGCAAAUUGUGGAUACGUAUGCUGUGCAGCUAGAAGAGAAGCGCUCCCAUAUUUUAUCCCCUAUCAGGGAUCAUCUGUCGGUUGUGGAUGACAACACUUCGAUAAUCAUCCACUCUUCAAGGAACUGUGGUCUUGCCAAAGCGUCAUCGCAGCAAUUAGCUAUUGUUCCAUCGCAGAUCAGGGGGGCCAAUCAGGGCAGUUCGCUAUCGGCUCGAAAACGUGGGCACGUCAGCACGUCGGAGUCCAUCGAGGUCAGCGAAGGGGAGAACUGGAGUGGACUUGAGAGCUCCAAACAGAAAAAAGGCAGGAUCAGCGUUGCUUCUCCUCAACCCUAUAUCACUCGGAUGGAGGAACGAAUGGAUACCGACGACUGGCCGGAUCUCUGGCAGGCUCUGGGCGUUGAAUGGCCAGUAACGGCUUCUACGCCAUAUCCACUAGUGUAUAGUAACCCUGAGGCGUGGCUGAAAACUGCCCAGGUCGAGCCAGAGCUGCUGCUCCAUCACGUGCGACGCUUUGUUUUCCCAAGUGAACUGCUGGCUAGCCUAGGGGAUCACGUUCUCGGGAUGUGGACGGCUCAGUGGCGACAGGCGUGCUUGCUGUCUGGUCUACUUGAGUACAGGCGUCGAGUGCACGAUUCUAUACAAUCACUGUGGCUAGAUCAAUGGAUCGUGCGAACACAGCAGCGAUUGCCUUCCUCCCGGCUGGCCCCAUUAAUCGACAAUACCGACGAUUGGGUCAAGCCGAGGGAGGUAGACUACGCUACCGAUGAUAUUUUGCGUCUUUGUGACCCUCACCGACGUAUACGCCUGAGUUAUCACCUACUAUGUGCGGUAUUGUUCGACGCUGAGAUUUUUGCGCUGACCGGGGAUGGGGAAAAACCACUUGAGCCUCCCAAGCAACUUCGAGGGCACCUACGCUUACUUCGGAACAACAGUCACUACAAGGAGGUGUAUUACGCUGACGGGGGAUCCAAGGUGGAUUGGCGCAAGCUGGUUUGCUUCUUUAAUACUGCGUUGGCUCCUGCAGAGCAGCAGUUUCUACUUGAGUACUAA